ACCCACUUUUCGAUACCCAUUUCCGAUCUAGAAAUGGCCAAUGCUUGGAAACGAGAGAAACCCAUCAGACCCAUCUUCCUUCUCUGCUCCGCCGCUCUCUUCCUCCUCUUCUUCUUCUUCAUCUUCCUCACCCUCCAAAACCCUAGCUCCUCCCUAAACCCUAACCCCAUUGUUCUGAGCUCAUUCCGCGGCCCAAUCCAGCCCUUCAAUUGCGAUCUAUGCCCCCAAUCCCACCCGGUCAUUGCCAACGUCGUCGAGGGCCUCAAGUACCCAUUCCUAUACUCCCUCGCCGAUUUGGGGAACUUGCCGGAAAAGCCCCACAAGAACAUCGUGAGAAUGCUGAAGGGGAAGCCUUUCCGGCGACCCGAUAUCUCGGAGACGAUUCAGGAGGUUUUGGGGAGGUUGAGGAGUGAAGGGAAUAAGGGGAAUGGGGUUGUGGUGGACGUUGGGGGCAAUGUGGGCAUUGCCAGCUUUGCUGCUGCGGUGAUGGGUUUUCGGGUUUAUGCUUUCGAGCCGGUUUUGGAGAAUCUGCAGAGGAUUUGUGAUGGGAUUUACUUGAAUCGUGUUAGGGAUAUGGUCACUGUGUUUGAGGCUGCUGCGUCGGACCGCCUUGGGAACAUUACCUUCCAUAAGUUGGUUGGUCGUCUGGAUAACAGUGCUGUUUCAGCCACUGGUGCAAAGUUGGCUUUUAAGUCUAAUGAGGAGAUAGCAGUUCAAGUAAGGACCGUCCCUCUCGAUGAUGUAAUUCCAGAAUCUGAACCUGUUCUUCUGCUCAAAAUUGAUGUUCAAGGCUGGGAAUAUCAUGUGCUGAAAGGAGCUAAGAAGUUACUUUCAAGAGCUGCAAGUGAAGCACCAUAUCUCAUUUAUGAGGAAGACGAGCGUUUGUUGGAAGCCAGUAAUACCACUAAAGUAGAGAUCCGAAAGUUCCUUUCUAGUGUGGGUUACCGUCACUGCACGCAGCAUGGCACAGAUGCACACUGCACCAAGGAGGGUUAACACAUUAUAUCGUAUCUCGAGUUUGCUACAAGAAACGGAUCCAAAUGAUAGUUAAAACUAUUCUGUGACAGAUUACUCAAACAUGAUUCUCUCAGAUAAGUUAUUCAAUGGUCUUUCAGAUAUCACGAUACCAACAUGAGAAACUGCAUUCAAAAUGGUGGAAAUCUGUAAUAUAUCUAACUCCAUGUCUGGUAGUUGGAGACCAGUGUUUAACUGGUAUGUGGAAAGACAUUGUAAGGUGUACUGGUGCAAAAGAAGCUGUUUGUUGAGAUUCACCAGAUUCCUUGUGGCCGGCUUCUCGCUAGUUUUUGGUUUCAUAUCUAGGAGGUGCCUCUGAGGCUAUUCACUGUAAAAUUCUGUUUUUUUGUUGCUUGUUCUUACUGAUGUGUUAUUGAGGAUGUUGACGUCACUAUCUGUAACAGCUGCAAGCAGACACAAUAAAAUUCCUCCCUUUCAUAGUGUUUUCCUUUU